CGUUAUUUCGACCGAACGGAGUGAGUCGAGAAAUGGGGAAAAGGAGAGAAAACAGGGGGAAUCGGUGCCAGGGUACCGUUGUACUUGAAUGGGUAACUACUCGUACCCACCAUACGUCCACCUCUACCGACCGACUCGACUCUCGUCGCCCCAGCAUCCCGCUCGGUCCAACUUAGUCUCGUCGAACAGGUAGACGGAGAAACGUACGCCGCGUGGCUCGCUUCUUAGUUACGGACGUCACUUUAGAGGGAGUAAUGUCCUCGAGACCGAGGGCCGUCGAUAUCAUCGAGGCACUGGAGUCGCGACUGGUAUACGUACCCGGUGGUCGAGACCGCGAGGGUCGCCCCUUGAUCGUGGUAAAUAUGCCUUCGGAACCGCAGCCCUCGACGAAGGUAGCCCUUGAAAUGCUGCUUCGUUACUCGAUCGACUUGUUCAGCGAGGAGACAAAGUCAAACGGGUUUACGAUACUCGUCGACGCCCAACGGGAAGCUUGGCGCGUGGCUCGCGCCUGCAUCAGGCAAACUUCGUCUUCGUGCGGCUCGGCUGCCGUCUCGGUGAUCGUCCUGAGACCGGACGGCUUCUGGGAUAAACACGUGGACAAUUGUACCAAGUCGCACAAAGAGGGAGAACCGCUCUACAUACCGAUCGCCAAGCUCUCCGGAUACGUGGAAAAUUCCCAGCUUCCUCCGGAGUUCGGCGGAUCGAAAUCAUACGAUCACUCCGAAUGGAUUCAAACGCGGAUACACGUCGAAGAUUAUCUGAAGGACGCCGCGGAGCUGGCGGCCAACUUGUCCGAGCUUCACGAUCGGUUGUGCGCAGCGAGGGGGAUAAUCGAAGACGGGGAAUCCGAGAAAGCUCUCAGAAGCUACGCAAAAAUUAGCGGCGAACUGGGAGCAGCCGCCAGGCACAUUCUUCGUUCAGGUAAAAAUCUAGCGAUGGAAAUCAGCAGGGAGUCGUCACAGGACGUUUCGGACACCGUUCAGCGUGUCCACAAUUUCGUAGAAUCCAUCGAAACGAAACAGGUGGAGACGAGAAACGCUUUGACGGAACUCGAACAGCAUCUGGGACGCGUCGAGGAGAUUCAUAUACUCGAGGAAGGCGUUGCCAGGGUAACGAACUGGAUUUUAGGGCCCGCGGAUUCCAUGCUGAACAUGCGACACCGGGUCGGUUUCGACGUCGUGUCUUCCGAGGAAGUUCGAAGGGACCACGAGGCGUUGGAACUGCAGUGCAGGGAUACUUACGGACGAUACGCCGAGCUGCUUCACAAGAUUGACGGUAUGGCUGCUGACUCUUUACCGGAGGAUCUGAAAUCGCAGAGAGAUUUCAUGGACUUCGUCUGCAGGAGUUUUGCCUCGCGAUUGGAACGCAGAAGAAACGUUCUCAUCACGUCGCAAAGAUUUUUCAGGCUCGUAUCAGAGUAUUUCGAUCGCACCAGCGAGGUAUUCGACAAGUUAGUGAUGGGCAACAAAGUUUACGACUUUUCCCAAGCCGGUGCAAAGUUGCUCCAGUUGGAAAAAAAUCAAUCGGUGCUCGAAGCCAUCGAACGUGAGGUGGUGAAAGAGGGCGAGAAACUUUCCGACGUUCUCUCGAUGCCCGUGAAAGACGCACUCGGUCGUGACAUCCGCGUCGAUUACGGGGAAGACAUAGCUAACGUUCGCGAUAUACUGGACGCAACGAUUGCGAGGAAAAAUAUAUUCAGCGACAGCGUGGAGUUGCAAAAACUCACCCUUAAGCAGGUCGCACUUAUUCACACCUACGAGAACGACGCUGAACAGGCCGUCGAGUGGAUAGGCGACUUGUUCAAGGUUCUGAUAAAAAGUCACGUACAAAUCGGUUGUAACGUCAACGAGAUCCAGUCGCAAAAGGACGAGCAUUUGUCUUUUCAAGAAACCGCGAAGGGGACCUACGACUACGGAUGUCAACUGUUGAACGGCGCGAGGGUCCUCCGAAUGUCCUGCCGACUUCCUCUGGAGGACAACACCCGCUUGUCAUCGAGACUGUGGCAGGCGUGGCGACGAUUGAGAUCCGUUGGACAGGAACAACUGACCAGACUACGCGUGUGCGCCGUUUUUCACAGGAGUGUCGAAGACCACUGCGCAAGAUUGAGGGAUUUGAUCGACGAAGUUGCGGCUUUGCGAAAAGGAUCGAACAACGAUCGUUCGGAAUCUCCCGGCGCGUCGACGCGGACGGAGAUCCGCGGGGUCCUGGCGAAUCGUGAAAAAUUACUUUUGGACGUCGGUCGAAUGGUCAGACUCGGUCGUCUCUUGCGAACUCGUUUAAAAGAGUCAUUUUGUCCACCGGGAAUGUCAGAUGACGAGGCGCUUGUCGGUGGUGGAAAUCUGACGGCGGUUGAAGCGAUUUCGACAAAACUUGCCGAGGUGACGCGUCUGGCCGAACGACUGGAUUCUCACUUGUACGACGCCGGAGCCAGGAGCGACGAAACGGCGUCGGGAUCGGUUCCAGGAUCCAUUUCCCCGCCAACUUUGACGGACGUUCCGAAAAACGAGGUCGACGUCGCCGCGGGGAUUCGAAAUAUAUUGGAAAAUUCCGCCGGUGGUUCGCCCGGCUGUCCGACCAGCGAAUUUACAGGAUCGGUAAAAAACACCCGCCAAGAAGUUCCGAAUGACAAUACCGAUAAAUUGAUAAACGGCGAUGACUACGCAACGGCAACGGAGUGCUCGAACACGCCGGUUAUACAAUCGAGAAGCGAAUCGUUCGCCACAGCAUCGGAUUGCGGGGAUGAUGCGGCAUGGUGGGACGUCGACGUGCCGGCGUCCGACGUGGAGAACGUCGAGAUACCCUCUCUGAAGACGGAAAAAAUGGAUUCCAGAUUCCAUUCGGACUCGGAAUUGAUUCCAUGCUCCGACGAAGCUACGCGAGAGAAAUCCGGGGCGAUCGAAUUACCGUUACGUAUGGAAACCGAGGGUGAGAUACCGGAGAUCGACAGAUCGAAUGCCAGCAGCACGAUAGUAAAGCGCACGAUCGAGGAAAAAUCUGGCAAGAUCCUAAAGGAAGUAACGGAGACAACGACGCUCCGUGUUUCGCAGAGCACGCACUUCGGCGUUACUUCGUACAAACUAACUUCGAACACGCUCAGGGGGAAUCGGGAUCACACGGAUGUACACGAAAUGCAAGAUCUCAGGGAGUUCGUGGAACGUGAUCUGAAAGGUGAACAGAAUCACCUGCCGGAAGCCGAUCAGCAACUGAAACCACCGAUGAAGGAAAUUGCGAACUCAGAGAUGACGUCGAGAGACGGUGACUCGUCGCAGGAGGUUGGCAGGGAACACAGCCGACUUUUGAAAUUUACAAGGACUGGUGAAGAGGAUAAAUCCUUCGAAGAAUCUCCGGGAGCACAUCGAUCGCUUUCCUCGACGAUGGAAGAGUCGAACGAGCGAUUGAAUUCCGUGAAUUCGAGUCCUUCGGGAGGCGCGAAUAUCGAUGACAGCGGAAUCGAGACGACGCCGAAGGAAAAAUACUCGAAGGACGAAGAAGAGGUCCUUCAAAAAAUGAAGGAGAGCGGAGAAUGGCUGGAAUUAAAAGUCCUGGAGGUUCAACCUUCGCUAACGAAAUUGGGAUCGACGGUGGAAGAGGCGACGGAGCUUCUAUACGCCCACAACGAGGUCCUCGUCCAACUUCAGAACAAACAAAGCCCGGUUGAAGAAUUGCUACGGCAAGCUGACCAGUUGAUAUCGACGCAAAAACCGCGGGCCGAGGUGUAUGCCGCGAUGGCAGACACACUGGGACAAGCUUGGCGGGAUGUCAAUUCCCACUUGGAAAGACGCAAGCAAAUCCUAGACAGCAAUGUCCUUUUCCAAAGCCGCGCCGAAGAAUACAGGGAAAGUAUGAAAGCCCUGGAAAUGGCGUGUAACGAUACGCUGUUACCGAUAGAAAUAGACGCGGUGAAAAAUUUCCUAACAAAAAUUCACGACUUGAGGAAAUCUAUGCUGGAAUCGUUGAUGAACGCCCUACAGGAGGGAAAAACGCUGUUAGAUUUGCUCAGAGAAAUUGCUAACGAAGGAACCCUCGACUCUAGGCCGGACUUCAUCAAAGUCGAAGCUGACCAAGCUAUACUACAGGUCGAAAAGUGGCUGGAGGCUCUCCACGACAAGAGAAAAUUAAUAGAGAUAUCGUUCCAGUGUAGAAAAACACAAUUGGAACAGUGCCUGGCACUGGCUCUUCUCGCCACAGAUCUGCGGGAUCUAGAAGAAAUUUUAAAUGACAGAAUAGCCGCUCUGGCAAGUAGCAGCGAUCAGUUGGGCGACUCCUCCGCGAGUGCCGAACUCUUACUUUUCGAAUUGAAGAAGCUUCAACCGGAAGCUAAGGACUUUCAGGACAAGGGGAUAAAAAUAACGAAAUCGACCGAACAACUCGUAUCCUCCGGACACUUCGCCGGUGAACAAGCGACCGAACAAGCUUACGCUAUACUCAGUGCAUGUGCCGAUUACAUCAACGACUUGGAACAAUACGAAACAAUGCUUAACAAGGCGAUCGCGUUCUUCAGAUCAGCCCAGUCGGCACUAACGAAACUCGAUCAGUUGGAAAUCCAAUUGAUCACAACGGAACAUCCAGCCCAUUCCUCCCAGCUGGUUCAGUUGCACGCUCAAUCGGCAGCGGCCUUGGAAGAGGUCACCGCGCAACCUUUGUCGGAAGGUUACGCUUUGUUGGAUGUAACUGGAAGGGGUGCUCCCGGUGCUGAGGGCGUUAAACGAGUGGUCGAGGAUCUGGAGAAUCGCAAGAUACAACUCACCAAUCAAUGUACAGCCCACAAUGAGCAAAAUCUCGCGAUAAGUCAAGCUCUGACCACCUUCCUCGAGACCCACAACGAACUGUAUUCGUGGUUAGUGAGCAUCGCUGAAGCAUUUCUUCAGGGUCAUCAGGACAUGGGUAGCAAUCUACCUAUGGCCCGGGACUUUUACGACCUCCAUUAUCAGCUGUUGAGCGACCUUCAAAAUAAAGGGGAGGAGAUAAACGCCGCUCUGAACACCCUUCCUCCGGUGAUCGAGUACCUCGACGAAAUUCAGAGGCGAGACGUCGACCAGAAAGUCGACGACCUUCACAAUCACUGGCUGAAACUCAAGAAUCUCGUUGACGCGAGGAUAGAACUUGGUUCCAUAUACGUUAAAUUUCAUACGGUCGUAUCGGAACUCGCUAGCGAGAUAGACUCCGUUGAGGAGGAACUGAGAAAGACAUCGCCCGAAGGAACUGACCAGGAUAUGGUCAAACGAUUGGAAAAAAAAUGGAUGGCUCUGCAGCCGCUUUAUCUACAACUCACAGCCAGUGGGAAACAUUUCCUCGACGCAUCGCGAAACAUCGUAGAUCCGUACCUCGAUAUCCCCCGUACCUGUUUAUGCGUCGAGACGAUACUGGAGCAAUUCGCUAAUCGUCAACUCAUCGUCACAGAAUCCUGGGAGAGUUGGCAGUCGACUUUAACGAUAAUUGAGGAACUUAGAAUCCAAAGAGAAAAGAUUAUCGAUCAGAGCGGCCAAACGCUGACUUCUAUUUCAAAAUUGGAGGGCGAAAUUUAUCCCGUGAUCACCUCGGAUUCGCCGAAGGCCUCCGAUAUCCUGAAGGACCUAGAAGUUUCUCGAACGACGAUCAGAUCGGACCUGAGCAAGGCAGCCGUUGAAUUAGAUAACAGAAUAAAGAGCGUCGACGUUCUUUCGCAAAAGGAUAAUUCUCCGUUAACCGCUGAGAUUCGUCGCAAAUUGUCGGACGUACACGAAAACUUGCAAAGGACGACUACCGAGUAUCAAAUCCUAGUGGAGAUGCUUAUAUCGAUAUUCAAAAGUAUAGACGAGGUGACGAUUCACCGGGAACGUGUCGACGAACAACUCAGGACAUCCAGCCUCCCAAAAAGUGUAGCGGAAGUGGAAUCUCUGAUCGUGCAUCACGAUGCCCGGAGGGAAUCGGUUUCCGAAAUUCUCAAGUUCAUCAAUUCCGAAACAGAUUACGCUAUACAACGAAUCGGACAGCAGGAGCCAAAGGACGCGGGAGAACAGGACGUCGCAAAAUUGAAGCACUUUCUGGAAUCGGAAAAAUCGUCGUGGGAAAAAUCAUGGUCCGCAAGAAAAUCACAGCUCGACGAACAGUUGCAACUUGCGCAAUUCGACGCCGAUCUCGCGAAGAUCAACGGAAAUAUCGACGAACUGAGCAGGCAGCUGAGCGCCGUCAAGGGAAAAUAUGGGGAAAAUUUACCGGCGGCGAAAUCCACCUCUGACUCAUUCGUGCAGUUCGAGAAGACGAUAACGAUAUUAGAGGAACGAAUCGAGACGUUUAUACGAACCACGACGGAAACGAUUACCGAAACUUACACGCUGGCUCCGGAGGUCCGCAAAGAGUUGUCGGAUCUGAAGGAGAAGUGGAUUGAAUUGAGGAACAAAGCAUCGGAAACGAGGAGAUGCGCCGAUCUCAGCGUGGAGUACUUCAAGCUUCUGGAGGAAGCCGAAGAGUGGUUCAGGGACGGUAGCAAAUUAUUGGUAACAAUUGCCAGGAAAGCGACUUCCGUAAAAGUCCCCGAAGAUGCCGUCGAUCUCUUGCGCGACGUCGACACGUAUCUCAAACCUGGCGAAGAGAAGCAAGAGAAGCGGAUAGAAAAAAUACGCGAACUGUCCAUCGAAGUUUUCGGUACCGAAAGACUUCCCCAGUUCAGCAAGGUCAUAGUUGAAAAUCGCGAGAUGCUGGACUCUUUCAGUAUCGUUACGUCGGAGCUACAGACUCUUGUCCAGAACUUGAAAAACGCCGAAGAUCUCAGGGAUAAAUUGAAAAAAGAACAAGAGGAGGCUGACGCGAAAUUGAACGCCGCUAGGGCGGAAACGCUAGCGGCGCAAGCCGCCGCUGCGGAGGCGGAAAAUGCCAGACACGUCGCGGAGGUGAUGGCGGCUCGAACCGUUGAAAAAGCCGCCGGGGAAGCCAGAAGACUGGCCGAAGUUGAACUAGAACGAGCCAAACAGGCGCAAAUCGAGAGGCAAAAAGCCCAAACGCCCGUCUCAACCCAAACGGAUGCCCCCCCGGAAACGAAGGAUUCCAAAGAUUCGACCGAUGAAAUCGGUACCCAGAUAAUCGAGGAGACCACCACGUCCCACGAUACUUUGAUAACGAAGGAGAUUCACAUUUUGCAGAAGACCGAACUUCAGCAAGCCAUACCUUUGCCCCCUCGGGCCGCAACCCCGCAAAGAGAAACUAGUCCAGCAAAGGUACCGAAGGUCGAAGAAGACGUUCCGGAACCGAUCCCACCACAGUUCAUAGUUCCUUUGAACAACGCAACGAUCCAGGAAGGCGAGAGACUGACCUUCGAAUGUCGACUGAUCGGAUUUCCCGUCCCCGAAGUUAUCUGGUACAAAGACAGCAUAUCAAUCCUAAACAACCCCGAUUACCAGACGACCUACGAUCAGGGAAUUUGCACACUCACCAUCGAAGAAACUUUCGCCGAGGAUUCGGCACAGUUCGUGUGCAAGGCAUUCAAUUCGGUUGGCUCGGCGGAGACCGUCGCCACCUUGACCGUGAAAGAAACCUCGCCGGAAGAACAGCUCAGUGCCCCCGAAUUCACUCGCAAGCUUUUACCGAGCUUCGCGACGGAGGGGACGUCCCACAGCUUGGAAUGCACCGUGGAAGGGAAUCCGCUGCCGACGGUUCAGUGGUUCAAAAAUGAGUCGAACAUCGACAAUUCCCCCGACUACGUGAUAACUUACAACAACGGCGAGGCGGUCCUCAAAUUCGAAGAGGUAUUCGUUGAAGACCAAGCAACGUAUACUUGCAAAGCUACGAACCAAGUCGGCCAAGCGUCGACCUCGGCUUCUCUGUGUGUCAAAAUUUCCUCACCCACGGAAGUUCCGUCUUUCGUGACACCGCUGUCGAACGUGAUGGCGAGAACCGGUCAGAAAGUAAAAUUGGAAUGUGAAGUAAGGGGGAUACCGCCCCCGAACGUGAGCUGGACCCACGACGGGAAGUUCGUCAAGGAAACUCCGGACUUGAAGAUCGAAACCGAGGGCGGUAAAUCGACGUUGAUCAUUUCGGAGGCUUUCCCGAAGGACGCGGGAACGUACGCCGUUUCGGCCAGGAAUAUCGCCGGCGAGGCUACCAGCUCUUCGAACGUCUCCGUGAAAGGAAGAAUACCGAAUGAGACUAGCGAUUCGGAAACCAAUUACGACGUGGAACCGAUCAAACCGCGGAUCCAACUGCCUCUGGGCGACAUCGAGGUCAGCGAGGGCCAAUCCGUGCGGUUGGAUUGCAUCAUCGUCGGACAACCAGAACCUGAGGUGAUCUGGUACCACGAUGGAGAACCAGUGAAAGAAUCGGCGGACUUCCAGCUUCUCUUCCAAGGCGAUCGUUGCUCAUUGAUUAUUCAUGAAGCCUUCUUCGACGAUGCGGGAAAUUACAAGGUGGUCGCUAUCAAUUCCGGUGGCGAAGCGUCCAGCGAGUGUGUUUUAUCCGUCGUCCCUGUCACUCCCGAGGCGGACGUCGACCCGAAGACGCAAGUAGAAGUCGUCGAAGCUGGCUCACCACCCAGAUUUACCAAGCUUCUCACCGACGUCCUCGUCGCGGAAGGAGAGAAGACGACGUUCGAAUGCGCGGUCAAAGGAAGUCCAGAACCUGAGCUGAAGUGGUACCUGAAUAACAACGAAAUAAAACCGAACGAAAGAGUGCAGAUAACAGAGGGAGAGUACGGUUCUCGCGUCCUCGAAAUUUCGCCCACCCUUCCAGAGGACAAGGGAAAUUACAUAGCGAAGGCAACCAAUCCGUUGGGGGAGGCGAAGGCUUUCGCACAUCUGAUCGUCAAAUCGCUCGGUGAUUUGUUGCAAAAAAGCGAGGAGCUUGUACAAAUGGAAGAGAAACUCGUAGCUCCCGCUUUCAAGGAAAUAUUUUCCAACACAAGCGUACCCGUUGGGAAUACCACGAAAUUCGAGUGUAUCGUCACUGGGAAACCGACUCCCAAGAUCCAGUGGCUUUUCAACGGGCAACCGGUUUGCGGUAAAGGUUUUUUGGUAUCCGUGAGCGGAGAUCGGCAAGUGUUGACGGUACCGGAAGCUCAGGAGGAUCAAAACGGAACUGUGUCGUGCGUGGCUGAGAAUAUCGCGGGGAAAGCGACUUGCACAGCAUCGCUCGAAGUCGGCGGUGGGGCGAUCGGUGUGGAUCUCGAAUUGACAACGGUCAUCCGUACACCAGUCGAUGAAAUGCAGUCGGCCAGUAGCAGCGAGAAACAUUUCACCACCGAAAUGUCGAAGGAGGGUGGCUCGCAGAGUAUCCUUACGAAGAUGUCUUCCACCGUCACUCAGUCGUCGCACACGUCGAGCCUCAAGGAGUUCUCUUCAUCGACGACUUCCUCUUCGACGGCUCUCGGGCAACAACCGACGAGCGUCUGCGUUAAAACGACGAAACAGUCCAGCGAACACUCCCAUUCCGAAAACGGUGGACCCCCGGUGGUGCAGUCGCACAAGGUGGAGGAAUACGAACGAAUAUUCCAGGACAAGCCUGGCGAAAUACGGCAGGAAAAAACUGUGAUCGUAUCGAAGGACGAGGAUCUUCAAAAGGACAGCAAAGUGAUCGUUCAUAAACCGACGCGUAAGAACGUCGCGCCGAGAUUCAUUUCCCCGGUAACGGGAAUGAUAGUCGAUCAGGGUGCCGACGUAAUACUCGAGGGUAUACUUGACGGUUUUCCAUCGCCGAAUGUUACCUGGUUGAAAAACGGUCAGGAAUUGAAAGCUAGGGACGGCGUACAGAUCACUUACGCUCACAAUCACGCCCGCGUCGAACUGAAAGCGGUGAACGUCAAAGACGCCGGUAGAUACACCUGCACAGCGACAAAUGACGUGGGAACGGCGAGCAGCACGGCUGACCUGGUCGUAAAAAAGACCGUCUUCCCACCCGUAUUCGGUAGACGUUUGCAGGCGCAGGUUGUGAAACGGGGGGACCGCGUUAUAAUGGAGGUAGAAAUAACCGGAAGCCCCGAACCUACGGUAACUUGGUAUAAAAACGAUCUGGUGAUGCGCGAACAAUCGCCAGGAAUCCGACUAAAGAAUCAAGGAAACUGUUACUCGCUGAUUAUCGAGAGGGCCGCAAAAGAGGACGCCGGAAAAUACAUGGUACGCGCAACGAAUGCCGGCGGCGAAGCCCAGAGCAUAGCGGAUUUCGCCGUUUUCGAACCAACGCCCGACACGAUGGUCGAGGUCCACAAAACCGUCGUCUACGAGAACGUCAAAGAACAGGGCAUCGUCCAGCCAGGGAAGGUGGGCGUCGAAACGCCCUCGGCGAACCUGACGGCGCAACACGUUUCCACUACCACGAUUCAGCCGAGCUCCGGACUUCUCGGCUUGGCCCCGUCCCUCCCCGUUAGUUGCGGAUCUUCCGUGCGUACGACUCAAGUGGUCGAAACUACCCAACCAUCGUCCGAGUCGAGGACCACGCGUUCCGAAACGUUUUCAUCGACGAUCGAGUCGCACCAGAGCGAGACGAAGUCCGAACAAAAGUUUCACAUGACACUGGAGCACAAAACGCCACCGAUAUUCGACACCGAACGAAAAUUAACUACCGUUCAACAACAAACGCCCGAGAUCACCUCGUCCUCCGCGACGACGGUGAAGGAGGUGAUACAGAAUUCCGGACCCGGCGAACAAUUUCAAGAGAUCAUCGAGAACGAGAAUGUGGAGACUUCGACGAUCGCGAAAAAGGACGCGCUGAGCUUCUUCGAGUCGAAGUCGAAGGAGACGGAAACUCUGCCCCGGGGUCCCAAGGAGAUGAUCAAACUUCCCCAGGAAGAAGGAACUUCGGGGUACGACGUCAAGGUGAACAAACUCACCAAAAACUACGAGCGUACCACGAAAUUCGAGGAAAUCAAGAAGCCGGAAUACACGUCGGAAUUUCAAACGUCGAAGAAAGCAGUUCAGGAAAUUUUCACCAAACUGGAACGGGGAUCCGCGGCUCGCGGUAUCGACAACAGUUUGAUAGAAUUUCCCUACGAGGGUUACAAGCUUCCACCUUUGGAAAUAAAGCAGACCGUUCUCGAAGAUACUACGGCGUCCGGUUCACCGAUUCACGGAGCCCUCACGAUUUCGAAAUUGCAGGCUCAAUCGGAGAGCGCCGAAGCUAUGAUGUCGGGCUUCAAUUUGAUCCCCGAACCUCCGCCGGAAAUCGGUUACAUGCCGAAGGUGGAGACGGCUAAAAAAAAACGCCCUGAUAUAUCCGUUAAAGUGAGACAGCUCGAGGAAUCCCACAAAAAUUUGUCACCCAUCGAAGCUCCGAUCGGCGGUGUGAGGAUUUUCCCAUCCCCCGUUCCGAAGUUCGAGCCGAAAAUCGAGACCCCGAAAAUACCGCGACCACCGUCCACUUAUAUCCCACCACCGUUCGAACUCGGCAAAAAAGAAGUCGUCGACGAAGUUUGUGUAAAAAAAUCCGUGCAACAGGGUAAAUCGGAGGACUAUCUCGUCAAGAAAGAAGUCGUCGUCGAAUCGCCCGUUUCAGUCCCCAUCGCACCUCAAGCUACCCCGAAAAAAGCCAAGACUCCGGAGCGUUCGGAAGUCUCGCCCGUUCCGUUCGCACCAACCGACACGUCGUACACCUCGGAUUUCGAGACGCGCUCCCACAUUUCGACCGAUCUUUCCGAAUACAGAUGUCAUUCGGUCGCGUCGUCGGGUCAAUUGGAACGCCCCUCGUCGCCGAAACCUUCCGCGGACGGUAUCGCUAUGGAAAAAUCGUGGGCGAGAAAGCACGCGGAAUCAAGUAAAAAAUCUUGGCCACCGCAGCAGGAACAACACCACGUGUAUUCCCAGAAGCAAUGGGCACCGGGUCAGGAUUACAAAUCUUCGUCCCACGAGACGAGUCGGGAAGUGAAGGAGAGCCCGCAGGGUGGUAUCACCACGACCAACAUAGAAUCAUCCACGUCCGUUGAAAACAAAUCCUGGAGCACCAGGGAGGAACGUCUUUACAAAAGCGUCGCGGAACCGCUGCCGCCGAAGCCAAUAAUUUACAACGCCGAGACGAUCAAAGUUGACCACAAAGUCCAUCCGGUGGACGAGACGUCGGUCACGGAGAGAUAUUCCUCGGAAUGUGACGUCCGUAAAACCGAAUCUAUCGAAAAAACCAUAAUCGAGGAACACGGUGUCAAACCAUCGGCGAUAAAUAAAUCCUGGCCACCGGGAUUGGCGCAAUCCGAAGAACUGAAGGCUCCGCAGUUGGUGAAAAACUUUGCCCCGAAACCCGUGGUGCAAUCGUACCAUCCGACGGAGCCCGUUCUCGAGCCGGGACCCCCGCCGGAGAUCGGUUUCGUUCCGGGUCCGGUGACGAGGGAAAAUAAGGUGGAGAGAAUCGAAAGAACGUUGGAAAUGAAUUUGGAGCACACGCCGACCAAAGUUCCACCCGGGGGAGUCAGGAUGUUCCCGCCGGCCCCGAAAAUUCCCGAACCGUCGGCACCGCCUAUACCGCCGAAAGACGCCUACGUACCCCCGCCGCCACUUCCGGCGAAGAGUUCCCAGCCCUUCCAACGUUUUCCGGACUUGGACCCGUUCCCUUAUCAGGCGGAUUCUCCCGGUACCGGCUUCGCGAAACCCCCUCCGCCGCCGACUCCCUCGAAAUUCGUCAAGGGCGAAUUCGCCGGCAGCGAUUACGAAUCGGACCUCGAAAGCUCGUCACGGUCCAAAUGGCGCGCGUACGAGAGCGACAACGACGCGCCUCGGUACAGGAGGGUGAAAGCCCCGGUCUCGAAACAACCCGUUCGACCGAAAUCUACGGAACCGGAACCCCUGCCUCCCUCCAGUUUCGAAGUACCGUCUUCCGAUCUAACCGGACCACCUCGUCCGACAUUGGUGCGCGACUAUCAGGAGAAAUCGUCCAAGAAAACGAUGACCCGCCACGAAAGGGACAUGAAACACCAGCAGUACGUUCAACCGACCCCAUGGGUUCAACCCGCGCCGGAUAUUCAGCCCAGUUCACCCCCGAUUUACGUUCAACCAAAGUCCCCGAAGACACCACCGAUAUUAGCGCCGAAAUCGCCGACGAAAAUCAAACCCGAAUCGCCGAAAUUCAAGGUGAAGACCUUUCAAAAAGCUGAAAGCGGAUACAUGGCUGAUACGGACGAGCCAUUCCAUCAGCAGUCGUCGUCGACUGCGCACAAAUCAUUCAGUAAGCACGAAGGAUCUUCGUCUCACUCCGAAUCACAUACCUCGUACUCCGAGUCUCACUCCCACGUUAUAAAGAGCCAGGCAUUCGCAAGUUUGCAACAGAAGAAGGAGGUCAACAAUUUUUCAAACGUCCAGCCGCAGGUCCAGCAGCAACGUUCUUCCUUCGUUGAGAGGACGACAACGUGUAACGGCGGAACUGAAGACGCCGGUUUCGCUCGGUUUAAUCCCGCCAAGGAAACGGUUUAUACCAUCAAUCAGUCCGGUCAACAACAGUACCAGCACAAACAAGAGACGCAUCAUCAGGGUCAUUUCUCGUCCGAACCGAUCCCCGUGAAAGUGAUCCAAGGUAAACCACAACAACAACAACCACAACAUCAACAACAACCAGCCACUUCAGCACCCCCGCCACCCCCUCCCCAUGUGUUUGAUAACCCUCCCUCUUACUCUGGUCCACCUCGUCCCGAAUUUAAACCACUCGACAGAUCGGCCGUUACCGUAAAAGUGACCAAGGCUGCCAAACAGAUUGAGAAGAAUCAGCAAAUCAUCCAAAAACCGACGCCGAUUUCGCCCGUGCCGCAGCAAAAACUUGAGCUAGUAAUCGCCACACCGUCGAAGCCAAAAUCUGUCCUGCUCCCCGGUUCCCCACCCGUCCUUGGAUACGCACCGUCCAGCGGAAACAACGGUCAUCAUCAUCAGCAUCAAACCUUUUACGAAGGACGUGCGGGAGCACCUUAUCACAACGCGGUUGGUACGGAAACGAAAAAAACCGUACGAAUGGACGAAUCCACCGAGAGCACACGUAGGAUCGUCACAGUCGAACAGACCAGUAGGGUGAUAAAGUUCGGUGAUAAUUCUUCGCAGCAAAAAAAUAGUUAUCCUCACAAAGGACGUCAGAACAGCGUUCCGACACCGACGAAAUUCGUUCAAGGACAGUUCAGGGAGUCGGAUUACGAGAGCGACGCCGAUAUAAGAAUAAAACCGAAAUGGGCACCGGCUGACAGCGACACCGAAGAUCUUCAUUACAGAAAAGUACAACCGCCGCGGGCGGUUCGAUGUUCGAGCGUCCCGGUCCAGAGGGAAAGAGUAGCGACUCCGAUGGAAUUCGAUACACAGCCACCAUUGAUGCCGCAAGAGACGUCGUUCGCUCAACACCUGAUCGACGUCACGGCGGAGAAUAAGAGACUCCAGAGGGUCGAGGAGAUGAGAAAAAGAUUCGACUCGCAGACAAAAAUAUCCAGACAACGUUCCUACGAUUCCACGCAAAAUCGGGACGUAGUCCUGAAGCCUGGAUCGCCGCCGGAAUUCGGUUACGUUUCGAAGAACGAUUUUAAGCAAGCCGCAAAUUCUAUGGCUUCGAAACACAUGAGCGACAUGACGUCCAGUUUUAAAUCGAAGACGGAAAAAUUCGUCCGAGAUAUCGCCACCGACUUGAAGAAGAAACCGAUUCUGAAACACGCGGCUGACGAACGCUCCGCGGACACUACGGACGACCCCCAAGCCUACAGAGAAGAAUCUAGACUCGCGGAACACGGGACGAAACACAUCGACCCGGACACAGGUCUGAUAUACUUCAAGUAUGAUUUCGGCUACGAAUUUGGAGUCCUUUUGCCGGGUGAAGGUAAAAAGACCGUGAGCAGUGCGUCGAAAUCGAUACGAGGUCAACGUAGGGCGAGCGACAUCGACGUGCCAAUAAUUCACGAAUUCACUACCAGGAAGGAGAACGGUUUUUCCAAAUCGUCGGGUCGCGAAGGAUCCGGAAAAUUUCCAAAUUCCAAAACGGUCAAGUGGGGCGAACCGACUUCCGAGAGCGAAUUUUCCGAGGCGGAAGAAACCAGGAGUAAAAUCAGACGCGGAAAUUCGAGUUACAAUAAUUUUCACCCCCCAAGCGUAUCCAUACCGCAAUCGACGAGAUGGCUCGGCGAAAAUGCGACUCCCAGCCCGGUGUCGUUGAGCCCGAGUCUUCCGAGCUUAUCGCCUCAUCAGAGCAGUCUCAGCGCUGGACCACCGAGUAACGUAGACUCAGCAGGAUCACCAUGGCCAACGAAUGGCGGUCCGGCAACGAAGGAAAUAAUUCAACCGUAUCUCGACAUUCAGCCGAAAAAGGCACCGCUGUUUAUCACGCCCUUGAGAGACAUCGCAGUGGUGAGCGGUCAGACGGCGAGAUUCGAAUGCAUCGUGCAGGCUGAGCCACCGCCGAAUAUCCUCUGGUCCAAGGACGGCAGGAUAAUUGAGAACUCUGGAAACAACGAGAUUCAAUACAGAAACGGUGUAUGCCGGCUGUCCAUACCCAGGGCUUAUCCCGAGGAUGCAGGUGGUUACAGCUGUACGGCAACGAACAGUCUGGGUUCCACGUCGACUUCAGCGUCUCUGCUGGUUCCAGGUAACAGACGCUCACUAUAUAACACGAAAUAGGUGAUAGCAGUGUAACGCUGAUUUUGGAUCGUUUGGUAAAUUCGGCGGUACAAUACACUUGGGUGGUGGAUUUAAUGGAAUUGCCAAGUAGCUGUGGAAUAAUAAUUAAUUAAUCAAAAUGGGUGAUAUACUUUCAAAUAUUUGUCAUUUCAUUAAUACACGAACAUAUACUAUAUAUAAUAAUAAUUGAAUUUUAUCGAAUGUAUUGUCAAUGUAAACGCUAUUUUAGAUUGUUGUGCAUUAUGAUUUUUUUUUUUUUCUCUUUAAUUUUUUUUUCAUCUUUUUUUCGCUGCGCAAGUAUCAGACGAUUUAUGUACUAGUCAUUGAAUGAUAAAAUGAAAAUUCAUAAUCGCACGUAACGACGCCUUGAUUUUAAACGCUUCGAAGAGUGAAUUAUUAUUGAAUAAGUUUAUUGCAAACGCGUUUUCGUUAUUAGUCAUUUGAUUUUUAUUUUUACUUUUAUUUUCACUGCGCCAAGCAACGUAUGAUAUUCGAAUGCAUUUUCGCGUACACGGCAGGUUGGAUUUAAACCUAAUAUACAUAAAUAAUAUAUGGUACAAUACAGUAUAUAGUAUAUGUAAUAUAAUGUAAUGUAACAUGUAUAUGUAAACGUGAUCGGUGAAGGAACUAGUCAGGUUAUUUGAUUAAUCAAUUGAAUGGCCAUGUAAUAUUAAUAUUUUCUUGUCCAACCAGAUAGUGCCUGAUUUUUAAGGGGUAGUACCAUGAAAAAAAAAAAAAAAAAGAAACCAAUAUUAUAAACUCAAUAACCGAAUCAAUUGUAACGAAUAUCUGAAAUAACACAACUUGUAUAUCCGUUUAAAAAAAAAAAAGAAAGAAAAUUCGACAAAUCUGAGCUAAUACAUCGAUUUGUAUCCUCACACCAAGCCACCCCUGUCCUAUGGAGCUUUUGUAAUUUCUUGUCAUGUCUUUCUCACUGUCUAUUUAUUUCUCACUUACAAUUUUAGUCAGAGCUGUGCAGUAUGCUAUUGCGUUAUUACCUAUUUAUUGUAGAAUAAUCGAUUGAUAAAGUGCAUCACGUUGCACAGAAAAAAAUUGAAAAAAAAAAUUUACUAGAACAGGACAAAAAAAAAAAAAAUGGUAUUAUACUAUAUAAUGUAAAUAAACAAUGCUUUCUCUGCAAUAUA